UACCUCAGCAAGAACUAAAACACAAAUCUUAAAAACACGUUUAAUUUUUCUCUAUGUAAUUGAGAAACAAUUUGGUUUGUCUGUAAGGAGCUUUUGCUGAUUAUUUAUGAUUUAGGGGCAGAAUGGGAUCGUUGGUAUCAAAACCCGUGCGACAACAUUCACGACAACUUCCACCAAAAUUUGAGGGAGAAAGACCAGAAUUGGAUAAACCGUGGAGGAACUUUAAAUGGGAUCAGAAAUCAGAACUGAAAAAGCAGCUGGAGGAAUUCACUCCCAGUAAUCCUGCUGUCACGGAGAUCAAGAUCCUGGUUGCUGGACAAAUUGGUGCAGGAAAGUCCAGCUUUAUUAACUCAGUCAAUAGUGCCUUUCAAGGACGGAUCACCUCUGGAGCGCUAGUAGAUUCAUCGGCUGGCAAUAGUAAAAGUUUCACAAAAACCCUCAGAGAAAUCAAAAUCAGAAGUAAAAAAAACUUGCCCAUUGUCUUCAGGGACAUAAUGGGCUUAGAACCUGAAAUGUUGGCCGGGACACAUACAGACGACAUCAUCAAUGCUGUAUUUGGUCAUGUGAAGGAGGGCUAUAGAUUUAAAGAGUCAAAACAAAUCGCUUGCAAGGAUCAACAUUAUACCGGUAACCCCAGUCUCUCUGACCAGGCUUUCUGUCUGGUUUACAUCAUAGCUGCCGAUACAGUCCAGUUCACAGAUGACAAACUUAUGGACAAGUUGAGGAUCAUCCGCCAAAGAAUCAGUGCUGAAGGGAUUCCUCAAGUGAUUGUUAUGACCAAGGUGGAUGAAGCAUGUCCACUGGUGAAGAAUGAUCUAAGAAAUAUCUAUCAGAGCAAGAAGAUCAAAGAAAAGAUGCAGAUGUGCAGUGAUAAAGUGGGUGUGCCGAUGUGCAACAUCUUCCCAGUGAAGAACUACCAUGAUGAGAUUGACACUGAUGAUAAUGUUGAUGUUCUGAUUUUGAAAGCACUGGAUCAGAUUGUUCAUCUUGCUGAUGACCGACUGCUUAAUAGCAGCAGUAGCUAAUGGCAUGAAAAUCACAUGUAUAAUGCUUUACCAUGUUUUAUAUGUAGAAGUCUUUCUGUCUCUGCGAAAAACCUUCUCAUGUAACAAUCUUAAAUUCAAUAUCAGUUUCAAACACAAGACAGUAAUUAUAUCAUUCUAUUAAGCAAAGAAACAUUUUUUUUGUUACAAAUGAAAUAAAAACAGUUAUUUAGCGAGUACAUAAAACAAAUCAGUAGCUGUUUGCAAGUUCUGACUGCGUCCUUGCAAGAUGGAAAGUUCCGAUUUGAGAGUAGGCCUACCAACUCCUGUGGAUGCAGUCUGGAUACCUGAUGCUGUCACUCAGCUUUGGGUUGCAAAUAGGUGCAAGCAUAUAGUUCAUAUUAAUUCAAGCAACAUACGUUGAAUAUACAACUGUACUUAUUAUAAAAUAUAAGAAGUUUGCACAAUAGGAUAUACAGUAUAUACGAGGCAAAAAUUCAGUCAAAAGUUCAAGGCAGCGCACGUAAAGUAAAAAUAUAAAAGAUAGAAAAAACAGGACUACUUUUACCUUACUCUGGUUUGUAAUAAUAAGAUUAUAAUAAUCAUAUAUAGUACAUUGAGCUUACAAUUUACACUAUUGCGAGAUUAUACAAAAUGUCACAUUUCUUGGUCUCCAAUAAAGAAUACAAUAAUACGUCGUCAAUCACGCUGGGAUGCAUGGCUUAUUAGAUUUUACAUAUACAGUAUACACUCAAUGAAGUAGUUAAUAUUAGUUUUUAUAUUACCAUGUUCUCCAAAAUUAGUAAUGAAUUUUUGUAAAUGACAAUAGGAAUAAUGUUGUAAUUUUAGUGUUUUCAUUCUGCUUAUUUAAACACUGUCUUAAUAUUAUCUU